AUGGCAGGUCACUCGCCGCACGAGAGCCCAAGUGAGACGAUGUCGGCACCUAUGAGUUCCUCCCGCGUCAUGUGGAAGGGGUGCGGCAGCCACCACCCUUCCCAGAACUGGUCCAAGUCACGGCCCAAAACCUUCCAUCGCGAUGACCGCGUCCCCUUCAAGGCCUCGAUGGAGGAUAAAAAGAAGACCCCGGAUGUGAGUUGGGACGACGCGUCUCUUAAAGGAUCUACGUCUGUGCAAAGCAGCGCGCGCGGCAGGGCAUCUCAUGUCUUUGGUAGCAACUCAUCCGCCCUUACGCAGCGACAUCUCGAUCGACAUGUGCGGCGCAGCGGGACGGCGUCGUGUAAACCGGAGGGACCUCCGCAGGGCCACUAUACCAUGGAGGAGUGGGAGUUGAUGCUGGUGUCAGAGGGGAAACAGAGAUUAACAGAGUGCUUCAAUACGUUAAACUCGCAGAGACGUGCUACUAAAGACCACUCAACUGGUGACAUGGCGACGGUGUCCAAAGGCGCACAGGAGACCCUGCAGGGGUGCCACGGUGCAUUGCCCGCCUCCGCCGAAGAGGAAGCAGAAGAAGAACUCAUUGCACGUUUUUACGAGGACCAGAAGGCACGCUGCCGGAAGCAGCCGCCACAGUUGGGCAAUGAACCCCUGUCGCAGCCGUCGUUGACGCGGGCCGGAAAUCCCACGCCCCCGAAUUUUAAAUUGGGCGAUCAGACGCAUGCACGAAACCCGUCCAGCGUGGCGUCAUUGUUCCACACCCCGCACCUCCCACAAGAACUCGCUGUGAGGGAUUACAAGAAAAGUGCAACCGAAAGCGCAGCGAACACAACAGUUCCAGAAACGUCACUUCGUUCCCGACAAAAAUAUAGUGGGGACACAAUUGCAACACUAGAGGAAUUCCGUCUUCAAGUUCUGCAGCAAAAACUUCAACGGUGCACUGAAAUAAAUAAAGCAAACACAACGCCACCUUCUGACAUGCCACAUACGCUACAGAACUCACCCAUUACAACAAGUACAGACACAAAACUGCAACUUCCAAACCACGACAAGACGCAGCCAAACACGAUCCAUGCACAUUUAUUUCCAUCCAUGCCUACUACCGCAGCCACCGUCUACGAAAUAAUCCAUAAUAGCAAAGAGGUCAAGGGUACAGCAAUACCAAACAACAUCACACUCCAACAAGUUACAUUGAUCUUUCAAAAAGAAGCGCGCAGCCGCGAGGACAUUGAGCGGGCAGAGGAAGCAGGGCGCCUUGCUGCCCUUGAAGCCAUGCAGAGCGGUGCAACAGCCAUUGCCUCUGCAGAAGCGUUGGGCCUGACGGAGGAGCGCGGUCGCGAGGACAUUGAGCGGGCAGAGGAAGCAGGGCGCCUUGCUGCCCUUGAAGCCAUGCAGAGCGGUGCA